UAUUGAAAUCAUUUGAUGUAUGUGUUGUUGAAGGGAGAGUACAUAAAUCUGGUUGCUCAAGAGUCUGAUGUCAAUAUAACCAUUGGGCUGGAAAAAUGUUCAGUAUUUGAGCUGAAGGAAAACUUAAUCACAUGUCUAGCCCCAAAAGAACAACCAGCUUCACGUGGCUCAACGUUACCGGAAGUAAAUGUGACAAUAGGAAAUUACAACAAAAGAGUUGGAUUUUUGAAAUAUGAGAAAACUGUUGAAAUGAUUCUGAUUAUAGCUGGUGCCGUUGGUGGAGGACUUCUGGCCAUCAUUAUUAUAGGGGUAGUAUUUGGAAUUUACAAGUACAAAAAGGUGGGGAAAAAAGCCAAGGAAUAUGAAAGAAAUUUAUCAGACAUGGAAAUGGAAAUCAAACGGGUAGCGAGGGAAGAGUUUCUGGACAUGCACACGACCAUGUCAUCUGUGAACAAGAACCUGGUAGAGCAGGGUUUCCCAUACCACGGUUAUCAACAGUUUGCCUGUAAUGUGAUGUUUUCUGUAGAUUAUCUGUGGACAGAACCGGUUGUAAGUAACGGCAAGAUGACGGAUGAUGAACGUCUGAAGGCAAACAAAGGGAUGGAGUCACUAGAGUUGUUGAUCUCCAACAAAUUCUUCCUAGUUUCUGUCAUAACUACCAUGGAAAAUGAGAAAAGAUUCUUCAUUCGGGAGAAAUCAAACCUGGCAGGAAAUCUGUGUGCUGUGUUAAUGGGCAGGAUGGACUACCUUAACGAGAUAUUGAAACUGUUGAUGACCAACUUGGUACAGGAAUCCUCAACCAAGAAACACAAAACACUCUUCAGAAGGUGUGAGAGCAUAACAGAGAAACUACUGAGUAACUGGUUGUCACUGUGUCUCUACCCACAUGUCAAGAGUCAUUCUGGUUCCCCGCUCUACCUGUUGUACAUGGCCACACAGAAGACAAUGGAGUCGGGUCCUAUUGAUGCCGUGACAGGAGAUGCUAAGUAUACCCUUUCAGAGGAGAAACUACUGAAGAAAUGGAGUUCUUCUGUUGAAGAGGAUGAUAAUCAUGACCUCAAGUUUGAGGCUAAAACAUUGACUUUGAAUGUGGUAGUUGACAAUGGGGAAGAAAUUUUCAAAUGUAAAGCAUUAGACUGUGACACAGUCUCACAGGUGAAAAGUAAAUGUCUGAAUCAGAUAUAUGUGAACUAUCCUGCAUCGCAACUUCCUGUGGGAGCUGAUGAUCUGGCAUUGGAGUGGCAUGAAGGAUUUGGAGGAGCAUUAAGGUUACGAGAUGAGGAUAACACAUCUAAACGUGAAGGUCACUGGGUACGACUGAACACACUGGCUCAUUACAAUGUGAAAGAUGAAAGUAAUAUGGCUCUCAUAGAUCCUCAUAGUGCUGAAAUCAACAACCAGGAGGACUAUGUAAAUUUGGCCAAUAUCAAUAUGGAGGGUGUUUGUGAUGGGAGCAUAGAUUCUUCACAGCCGCUCACACCACAUGAUGAAGAAAAUCCACAUGAAUUUGAGCAUUGGCAUUUGGUAAAAAAAGAGGAGGAGAGUGCAAAACAAGGGAAGUCAGCUAUAGCGGAACUGUAUCUCAACAGACUCUUCACUACAAAGCAAUCAUUAAUGGAGUAUAUGAGACCAUUAUUUGAUUUAAUUCUGGACCAUGAUAGAUGUCCCCCACCCACCAAAUUCCUGUAUGAUUUCUUGGAUGAGUUGGGAGAGAAGUAUAAAGUAGAAACAGACACAGUACAUGCGUGGAAAAGCCAUAGUUACGCUAUUCGUGUGUGGGCAAGUCUUAUGAAGAUGCCAAACACUCUGUUUGACGUAGCAAUUCCUUCGUUUAUGGAAGAGAACCUCAAUAUCAUUAGCCAGGUGUUCAUUGAGAGUUUCUCACUGGCCUCACAGAAAUUUACAAAGGAUUCACCUUCUCAGAAGUUGAUCUUUCAUCAUGAAAUGAACCAUUAUAGGGACAGAGUAAAAGAGUUCUACAAGAAUGUGAAAGUUGACUCGCAGAAUUCAGAGGAAUUCAGACAGUACAUGGCCGAGGUCAAUAGACUACAGCAGCAGACAAACUUCAACAAAGUUUCAGCACUUUACAGAUUCUAUAACCAGCUCAAACCUUACUUUGAGGAUAUACUUGAAAAUCUGUCGAAAAGCAAAGAGGCCAGUACUUUACAGCUUGACAGGAAACUGGAACAGGUGAUAGCCAUCAUGGAGGAGGAGGACUAGGAAAUCUCGUGUAUAAACUUAGCUGGAAAAUAUGGUGAACAAACUUUGCUAGAGGACCUGAUACAUAAACUUAGCAGAUUCCCAUUUACAUGUAUAGACAUACAUAGAAUAUUUUGUUGUUGUAAAUAGAACUUUCUUGUUUAUUAACAGGAUAUACCUAAGUGCUAAUUUUGAUGUUGAAUGAUUUGGUAAUGAAUUGUAGGUAUUUUUUUCAGGUGAAAAGCAAUAGUACAAUCACUAGUUGAUAUGCUACUUCAGACUAAUAGAUUAUCAGACAUUUUACAAAUAUUCAUUACCCUGAAAAGAGAGGUUUAAAUUUGUGGAAGUUGUGUAAAUAAUGGGGAAAAAAGUGCUCAUGUUAUUAAAAAUUGUGAUGUAGAGAAAUAAGUUUAUAUGUAUUUUAAAUAUAUUGGAAUUUGUAUUUUUGCAAGCCUUUUUGAUACUAACCAAAUUAUUGAAUUAUCUGCUGUAGUUACUCGGGACUCUUUCUUUUGUGUGUUUGAGAAAAAUUGUGUAAAUAUGUUAAAUUUGAUAUUUUCUACUGCUUAAAUAAUUACAGAGAAAUUAAUACAUUUUGUGUAUAUAUAUAUAUUUAUGUAUAUUAUAUAAAUUUUGUCUGUAUGGAACUUGGGUGUAACAAGGCACAGAACUGAAAGUUUAAAAGUAUGUAUAAAUUGGUAUGUUAGAUUUGUUUUGACCAAGAACACAAUGCACAUGAUGCACCAUGUAAAAUGGAUGAACUAAACAAGAUAUUAUUUUAAAUGAAAAUUGGUUUGAGAUGUAAGAAGGCUAAGCUUCUCAAAAAAAUAUUGCUUCAAGUCAGUUGGUGAAAGGUAUAUCAGUUUAACACUGAAACUAAUAAAUAUCCUCUAUAUAUCAUUAUCAGUUUACAGGAAUUGAACGAAUGUGAAUUGUGUUCGAUAUUUGCAUUUAGAUGUUUAUUUGAUAGCUGUGUUUGUGCAAUUUAUUGUUACACCCCGUUCCUAUCAUUGCUUGUAGGUUUGAAUAGAAGUAGAUUGUUUGGUGAAAGCUUUUCUGUUUGAAAACAAUUUUGAAUUGGGUAAAAUUAACCCUUACCAUGCUAAACACGACUGAUUCUGCCUUUGCGACCAGUGUAGAUCAUGAUCAGCCUGCACAUCCAUGCAGUCUGAUCAUGAUCUACACUUUUUUUAGUAAGCAACCCUUUUAACAGUUAAUGGUACUGUCCACAUUGAAAGAUGGACAAGUUCAUUAUAGAAAUUCAGCAGGGUAAGGGUUAGGUCUGUAAAUUGUAAGCCAGUUUUAUGAAAUGAAUUUGUAUAUACAUUAUAUAAUGAUUGAAUAUUUGUGAAUAUAAAUAUGAAAUAUAUAUAAUAUUUGUGGGCCAGAUAAUAUUAUUGAAGAACUGUGUUUCAGUAAUAAAUACGUAAUUAUUCUGUGUAGCAUUGCCAUUUGUGUCUGUCAGUAGGUUUUUUAAAAUAGAAUCUUUUUUUCUGAUGAGACAUUGUGCAGCAAAUGAUUAAAGUUUGCUGAUUUUGAAUUCAAUUUUGUCACUAUGAGUUCAAAUUUUGCUGACCUGUUUCAUGUAAGAAAGCCAUUUAGCUGCAGCAGGUCAGUGUUUCCAUAGUUUCCAACAUUUGUCUGAGAUAAUUCCACCAUCAGGGGCUGUUACCACCACUUCAUUGUUGUAGCUGAUCUCAAAAUUGUGACCAAAAAACAGGAACCAUUAUAUAUCCUCUUAAUAGUGCUAUAUUGAUUGUUUAAAAUUAAUGUGAUAUUGUCUUCAAAAAUAUCUGUUCUUUGGUCUCUUAUUUUUGCUAUAGCAAAAUACCUUGAAAUAUGUCCUUGAAAGAAUGUAGCACAUUGAAAUGUGUCCUUUAUUAGAACAAAGUAUAUUGAAAUAUGUCCUUUAUUAGAACAAAGCUUAUUGAAAUGUGCCCUUUAUUAGGACAAAAUAAGCUUAAAAUUUGUCCUUUAUUAGAACGAAAUAGUAUGAAUUGCCUUAAAGCUCUAUUGUUACAUUUAACAUUACAAAAUAAAUAAGGCAGCAUGAUGAACAGGAUAAACAAAAACAUAAAUGAGAUAUGAGUUGAUGUCUUAAAUAACAUUCCAUCAGAAUUUAUGCUCAGAAGCCCAAAGUUGAGGUACUUCUGCACGUUUGAUAAACUGGAAGUGAUAGCGUAACGUCAUUUAACCGAAAAACGUAGAAUAAAGUCUGGAUUCAGCAUAUUGAAAUGAUAAUAAUUUUAUGAAUUAACCGAAACCUGUAUGUAAAUUUAUUACAAUGGCACUGUUGCUAUAUUUCUAAAGUCAAAAUAGAGUGAAAUGUUCGGUUCACUUUAUUAAAAUCAAAUAUCUGAAAAAAUAAGCACACGGACCUAAAUUUUUAUUUCACCAAAUUAUAGGCCAUGUGAUUAUUUACAACUGUGAGAAGUUUCAUCAAAAUCUACAUUUUAGGAAAAUUUCUAUUCGCAAAAAUGUUAUGAAAGUUAAGAUUUUCCCAUAGACUCACAUUAUGAAAUAUUGCAUGGUCGAAAGUUUUCAAAUCAGUUUAGCAAAAAAUCAAGCACAUGACCCUAUCUUUUUUAUUUGCUGAUUUUUCUUGGUAUCAUCUGAAGUUUAAUCAAAUUCUACAUUGUAGAAAAAAUUUUGAUCCAAACGUGCAGAACUACCUCAAAGAGAAACUGAUUUUGUUACAUAGUGAUACAUAAUUGUACAUUUUGUAAACUGAAAUGGAAAUUUCUUUAGAUAAUGACAUUUUUAAAGCUAAAGUUUUUGUAUAGGUAUAAAAUCCUUCUAGUUUUCAUCGGUAAAUAAAAGGGUAACAUACUAGUAGAUGCUUAAAUAAAAUCAAAUUAUAUCUGUGAUACAGUAAGGACCAUUUCUUUUGUAUAUAUACAUUUUCAUGCAUUUGUACAGUAUAUAUAGAGAGAGUGUCAAUAGUGUGGUUAGGAUUGUAUCACUUUACCUCUGGUGUUUGCGGGAAUUUGACAAAUGUCUUUAAAUAGCCAAUAUCAUAGAGACAUUUCGAUCUUUGUCUGAUUUUGUAUAAAAUUUAGUACGUUUAAUUGUUGCCAAUAUUUUGGUGAAAGUGUUAUUUUUCUUUAAUGUUUUCUAACUGUAUUUUAUAACAAAUUGGUACAUAGGUAAAGUGCAGCUUCCACAGUUUACAUUAUUUAGCAGGUUCUGAAUCUUUGUACCCCUGCUGUUGUUUUGCAAACCAGAAUACUACACUCCAGCUGGGAAAAUAUAUAUAAAAUGAAUUGAGUACAGUUUACUGAUCGAGCUAGUACAGUUCACCGACCGAGUGAGUAUAGUUCACUGACCAAGUUAGUACAGUUCACUGACCGAGUGAGUACAGUUCACUGACCAAGUGAGUAUAGUUCACUGACCAAGUUAGUACAGUUCACUGACCGAGUGAGUACAGUUCACUGACCAAGUUAGUACAGUUCACUGACCGAGUGAGUACAGUUCACUGACCAAGUGAGUAUAGUUCACUGACCGAGUGAGUACAGUUCACUGACCGAGUGAGUACAGUUCACUGACCAAGUGAGUAUAGUUCACUGGCUGAGUGAGUACAGUUCACCGAGCGAACAAAUACAGAUCAGCUGUAGUACUUUACAGUUACGUAAGGCAUUCAGUGCUGGAGUAGACUAAUUGUAGAUGAUGUACUUCACUGUUGCUGAAAUAUAAAUACUGUAUUCUUGUAAAUUUUUGGUAUCUGUAGAGUUUUCUCACUGGUAUAUACAAUAUUGUAUUUUGAUUGAAAGAUUUGGUUUGCAAAACAACAAAUGUUACUGGUACAGUAUGUAAAAAGAUUUCAUCUAUGAUAUUCUCUAGAUGUUAAUAUCACUCUGGACUGUUGAAAAUAAUUUUGUAAAGUUUUAAUGCGGAUAGUGUCGGCGAGUGUCUACAACUUGCCUUCAUUGCAUAUAACAUAUAGCUUCAUGCUGAGUUACUCAAGAGAGCCAUUUGUAUUAUAUGAUUCCAGUCUUUGUACAAAUAACUGUAUAACUUCAAACUUAUUAAGCUUUCCAUACUUCAUGUUUGUUGUGCAAGUGAGAACACUAAAUACAUUGUAUUUGUUUAUUGUUACCAGUAAGUUUCUGAGCAGUAUUCCAAAGUGUGCCUUAAUAUUAUACACUCAAACCUGUAAGGAAGAUCACAUGUUCACAGAGACCAUCUCAUGUUUAAAUUUAAAUUUAUAUGAAAAAAUAAUAAUGUAGUUUAUAGCGUACCUGUUAGAAAAAAAACCAGCUGCAAACAAUUCAUUUUUUGACUCUUCAGAGACUGGUCUCCAUACACGGGUUAGAUUGUAAUUCUGUGAUUUCAAGAUAAGAUGUUUAUUGUUUGUUUUUAUAUAUAUAAUGUUUACAGGUGUGAGUAGUUAUGCCUCCCCAUAUGUUGAUAUUGUGCUGACUGUCAGUCCGUUUUUCUGUUUGUCACAAAAGUUUGUCGAGACUGCAGGAUUGGCCUUAAACAAACUCAUGUUUUGAUAAAAGUUCGUUUUGACUUAUUAUCUUUUAUACUACUGACUGUAUUUAAACAAAACUUUAUAAAGGAUUGCUAUUGUACAAAGUUCAGUUAGAUUAGAUGGGUUUUUUGUUGACUGAUUUUUAUGGAGUUAUGGGCCUUAGAAAAAAAGUCAUAUUUCGCUACUUUUAUGUUUAAGCACCAUCAUUUCUUAACCAAUCUUACUUAUAUUUACACAGAGUGUGUGUAUGUAUCAAAACAGUUUGUUACAGGUGAGAUCAGAAUGGUCAGCUCAAAAUUAUAUGCCUUAUUCUAUCAAAUAUGACAUAUUUCUUUAUAUUUUAGCAUAAACACCAUCAUUUCUCAUAUCUACACAGAAGGUAUAGGAGCCAUGUCAGAUAAGAAGGCAGAGAGUUAUGUGCCUUUGAAUAAUCAAAAUAGUUCUAUUUUUUAUAAUAAACAAUCUGUAGUACAGGCAUUUUUCAUCCUAUCCUUACCAUGUUUACACUUUUAAAAUCAAUGUCAAAUCGAUUUGCAGGUAUGAUGGAUUGAUGAUUUUUGAUAAGUAAUAAUUUCCAUGUAUCUCAAACAUUGUGCCGCUUAACAUUUUUGUCCAUUUUUUUCCGAAGAUGUCUUUAUAUUAUGCCCAGAUAUGCAUAUCCAUUUAUUCUUCCAUUUAAAUGAGGCAGUAUGGGGAGAAAUGCAUGUUUUUUCUGAAGUAAUCUUUAUGUGAAAGUUAUCUCCAGUUUAUGUGAUGUGGCAAUCUUUUUUCUAUCUGAAUAAAGUAUAUCAUUCUGCA